CGCAAAAAGCCGUGAAAACACAGCAAGGAUCAGUCGUAAUGGCGUCAGGUCAGGAUAAUGAUUGAUGUUCCGAAAGAGGCAUGACGCAUUCUGCAACGUAAAACCAGUGGAUCUUAUCGAAAACUCAGUUUUAUCUGUUAUACUUACAAGUUAAACUUACUCACCUUAAGAGAAGCGGGUGUCUUUGAGGCCAUCUUUUCCCCGAUAUGGCUGCGGAAUGCCCGUAUAAGUGGCGCCACUGCAAAAUCCCAGAAACCGGCCAAAACGGCCAGACCAGUGUUCCCCAUCCGCGCCACGGGCACCGAGCGGUGCAGAUUAAGGAAUUGAUCAUUGUGUUCGGUGGAGGAAAUGAGGGGAUUGUGGAUGAACUGCACGUGUUCAACACCACCCAGAAUGCGUGGUUCGUACCGCAGUGCAAAGGCCAGACGCCGCCCGGUUGUGCCGCCUUCGGAUUCGCCGUGGAAAACACCAGGCUGCUGGUUCACGGCGGGAUGAUUGAGUUCGGCAAAUAUUCAGGUGAUCUGUACGAACUGCAGGCCACCAAGUGGGAAUGGCGCAAACUCACCCCCAAACCCCCGCGCAACGGCCCGCCUCCCUGCCCCCGGCUGGGGCACUCCUUCACCAUUGUGGGGAAGAAGAUCUACAUGUUUGGCGGUCUGUGUAAUAAUUCUCCGGAUCCUCGCUCGCAUACAGCUAGGUAUCUCAAUGAUUUAUAUGUGCUGGACAUCUCCAAAUCGCCCCACCAGUGGGAACUGCCGGAAACGAACGGGACGCCGCCCACGGCCAGGGAGUCGCAUACCGCGGUGUUGUGGAAAAAGAACGAGGGGACGGCGGAGCAGAAAGAGUAUCUGGUGUUGUACGGAGGAAUGUGUGGCCAACGGUUAAGCGACAUAUGGUUUUUGGAUUUAGAAACGCUAACAUGGCAGAAGCCUGUGACGACCGGAGUUGCACCAUAUGCUCGGAGUCUCCACACGGCCGUGGUGGGCAGUAAUAAAAUGUACGUGUUCGGCGGAUGGAUACCACGCGAAAAAGAAAGGGAAAUCCCCACAGACGAAGAUGGACUGACUCCACUGCAAAGGGAGUGGAAAUGCACGAACAGUCUGGGAGUUUUUGAUUUUGAGCAAAAUCGUUGGGACCAGUACAGCUUCGGUGAAAAAACCGAGUUUCCUCGGGCACGUGCAGGUCACUGUGCGGCUAUAGUCCACAAUCGGAUGUACAUUUGGUCUGGGCGAGAUGGCUACAAGAAAGUCGAUAAUAAGCAGGUUUGUUGUGAUGACAUGUGGUUUCUCGAAACGACGAAACCGGUCGCUCCUGGAAAAGUGCAGUUGCUUCGCGCAUCGACCACGCAGUUAGACGUCCACUGGACGGCUUCCGUAACUGGUAGGAGCCGCUUGGAACUAGCGGAGAAUUACCAUCUGCAAAUCCAGGUGUAUGAAUCUCCUCCAUCUCUGAGUCAGCAAGGCCCCAAUCCGAGCGGGUUUCUGACCACCGCCUCGACCGCGGCGAAACCGCAGUUGAUCACUCAGGGAAAGAACUUACCGAGCGGUGCGCAGUUUGUAACGCUGAUGAAACCGGGAUCAACACAAGGGAUCACGUUAACACCUGGAUCGGCGGUUCCCGUCAGCGGGAUGGUUAAAUUGGUCCCACAACCGGCUGCAACGAAUGCAGCCAGUAAGCCUCAGGCGAUCAUUUUUAAUGCUCAGAAGCAAACUCCAGCCAAAUCCCCCAUGGUUGUUGUACCAACAUCCACCGCCUCCCCGGCGACUCCGACAACCAAUGCCAAACCAGUAUCAGCGACGACAGAACCCGAGCCAGCCGAUAAAACCGAUGCUGGUACCGGAGAAAAUUCUACCGAAGCCAACGGAAAUGGAAAAGAUGCCGGAGCGAAGGAACCGGCGAGUGAUGGUUCUGGGUCGACGUCCAGCCAGGAGAAAGAUUCUACUGCGUCAACAACGGCUGCCACAGAAGCAGCAAAGCCAGCCGAACCGAAGUCAAAGGAAGAUGGACAAGUUACGAAAUUGUGGUAUACUGUCGCCAUAACUGCUGAUCCGACGUUUGUCGUCCAGAAUUAUUAUGUACCGGUUAAUGAGGAAGAUUUCAAAAAUGAUUACAAUGCGGCGGUUCUUUCGAAUCCCAAAGAUAUGGUCAAACAUCCUCUUCUACCGGGUACAGCCUAUAAAUUCCGCGUGGCUGGAAUCAACGCUUGUGGUCGCGGUGUGUGGAGUGAGAUGUCGGCGUUCAAAACGUGCCUACCAGGAUUCCCGGGGGCUCCUUCUAAUAUUAAAAUUACAAAAUGUCCGGAAGGAGCUUUGUUGACGUGGGAGCCGCCCACUAAUCACGGGGAUAACAUUAACGAGUACGCAGUGUACUUGGCCACGAAGCCGCAGAAUGCUAAACCGGAUGUUCCCAUUCCAACGAAUCAGUUGUCGUUUAUGAAAGUUUAUGAUGAUCCUGUGCCCACUUGCACGAUUACCCAUGAAAAUCUGCGAUAUGCUUAUUACGACUGCAGUGGACAGAAACCAGCGAUCAUUUUCCGGAUUGCCGCAAAGAAUGAUAAAGGAUAUGGUCCUGCCACUCAGGUCCGCUGGUUGCAAGAUUCUCUGCCGCAGUCAGCACGGUGAAAAUACGCGAAUAAUACGCCACGUGGGAAAUCGGUUACGAAUAUUGCGGAGAUCUCUUUGGGUUUCGGUUGUUGUUGGAGCCGCGAGAUGCCGGGAGUACGAAGUUAUAAUAAAUUUGCAUCAGUUAAUCAUCGGUUAUAACUUAUAACGAAACUGGUUGAAACACAAUUGAUUCGGUUACUACAGUUUUGUAAGUUGUGAAAGUGCUCCUAAUUUGUGAUCGAAGGGAAGGAAUGGGGGAAUGCAAUGUACUGGAAAUUUUUUGGUUCAUGGUUUGUUGUUUUUGUGUGGUUGGUUGUUUCUUUUUUGUGUAUCAGGACUUUUUCCAAUGAUGGCUACGGUUUUAUUUCCCAUAUUUUUUUGGCACGAUAUGUCCACAGAUAGUGUGGUAAAGAAGGCAAAAGUCCAGCGUGCAUGGACGUUAAUUUACUUUCCUGGUCCAAACUGUCUGAUUAUUGUCGGCCUGACUCGCAAGAAAAUCAACC